AGCGAAACAGCAGGCUCAUUUCUCCACGUAGGUUUCUGAAAUUCACAGGCAGACAAGUCCCCUGAUAUUAUUUCUGGCAGCACGCAACCUACAUCUGUGGAAAAGGCAUUAUAGGUUUAGUUUGUCCCUGACAUCUAUUUGAAGGGAAGAAAAACCAAGGAAAUAGUAUCUGGAUGGAAUCUGAAAUUGAUAUUUCUGGUUAUUGUCAUCAUCCACUAGACACAGGGAUCUCUCUUCUAGACAGCUCAGACUUUGCUGGUUUAGUUUGUCCCUGACAUCUAUUUGAAGGGAAGAAAAACCAAGGAAAUAGUAUCUGGAUGGAAUCUGAAAUUGAUAUUUCUGGUUAUUGUCAUCAUCCACUAGACACAGGGAUCUCUCUUCUAGACAGCUCAGACUUUGCUGGACUACAUUCACUACAUGCUCAUUUGCCAGACAAUGAUUCGCAAGGACCUUCGUUUUGUAAUCCGUACAACCACUUACAGUUUCCCACAGUCCAUCAACCACUCACCACCUCACCGUACCACGUUAAUUCCGGAUACUACACACAAAAAGCCGAAGACUGGUGCUCGAGUGGAAUUUAUGAGCUAAAACGGAUUCCAUCUGAAAGUCUGUUUUCUAUAGACACUGAUAUUGUGGACUUGCCACCAGUCAAGAAAUCCAGAAUUAGUCCUUGUGGAGGAAGGGUUAAAGGAGAUGAAUUGUGUGUUGUUUGUGGAGACAAAGCCUCCGGAUACCAUUAUAAUGCUUUGACCUGUGAAGGAUGUAAAGGGUUUUUCAGAAGAAGCAUUACCAAAAAUGCCACUUACAAGUGUAAGAACGGAGGCAAUUGUGAAAUGGACAUGUACAUGAGGAGGAAAUGCCAAGAGUGCCGCCUACGGAAGUGCAAAGAGAUGGGCAUGCUGGCCGAAUGUUUGCUAACAGAAAUACAGUGUAAGUCAAAACGAUUACGAAAAAAUGUUAAAUUCCCUUCUGAGAUCUCAUUCAGUGAGGACAGUAAUGGACUGGAGCUAAAGCAAGUGACAUCUACAACCAGAACAAGCAGGGUCAAAGAAGAACUUACAUCGGAACAGAUGCAACUGCUGCAGUAUACAAUGGAGGCAUACAACAAGCAUCGGCUGCCUCAGGACCUGGCUUCAAAACUAAUAGAAGUGCUGGACAUUUAUAAUAGUUUUCAAGCACUGACAAGUGCUGAAACAAGUCAUGUUCAGAUACUGGUCGAGUUCACAAAAAAGAUACCAGGUUUUCAAACAUUAGAUCAUGAAGACCAGAUUGCUCUGCUAAAAGGCUCUGCAGUUGAAGCAAUGUUUCUCCGCUCUGCUGAACUGUUUAACAAGAAGUUGCUUGAUGGACACACGGACACACUUGAAGAAAGGAUUCGGAAUAGUGGUAUAUCACCUGACUACAUCAAUCCGAUGUUUAAUUUUUAUAAGAGUCUUGGAGAGUUAAAGAUGAUCGAAGAAGAAUAUGCUCUUUUGACCGCAGUGGUGAUUCUUACACCAGACCGACAGUACAUCAAAGACAAGGAAGCUGUGGAGAAACUUCAGGAGUCGUUCCUGCACAUUUUGGAAAAGCUGUGCAAGCAACACCACCCUAACAACCCACAGCACUUUGCUCGGCUCUUGGGACGUCUGACAGAACUGAGGACAUUUAGCCACCACCACACAGACAUGGUGAUGUCAUGGAGAGUCAGCAACCACAAAUUUACCCCUCUGCUGUGUGAAAUCUGGGAUGUGCAGUAAUAAAAGGACCCAUCAUCUAAAAACUGCAACCUCAUCUGGAUUUAUUUUACUAUACAGUUGUUUAAAAUAGGCCUGAUUAUCAUUUAAUGCAAUGUAAAUAUUUCAAACCUUAAAGAAAUAAUCAUAAUUCCUGUUGUAUCUAUAUAUAUAUGUGUAUAUAAUGUAAAUGUAUUUGCAGAAACUUUUAUAACCCAAAUAAAACAAUGUAAUUUACAUAAUGACACUCUAUACUAAGCUCUGGCAGUCUAUUAAAGGGUCUCCUGACACAGAUAUAUAAUGUAUGUGAUGCCAUGGUAGUGCAUCCAAUAGGAGUCUGACCCGACGAUGGCUUUCUGCCACUAAAAGCUCCUUCACCAUUUGAGUAUCUCUUUGGCGAAGGAGUUGUUUAUUUGCGCUGGGCACUGUACACCUGCCAGAGAGGCAACCAAGACUUGUCAAGAUUUCCCUGUGUGAGCACCUGUAGAACUAAUGCUGAUAGGUUUGUUGAGUUUUUUGUUUGUGUAGUCUUUCUGACAUGCCAUAGUAGAUCUUGCAUGCAGCAUGUGGGCCUUCUGUACAAGAGCUCUUCAGGGAAAAGAAAAACUCAACAAUAGACCUAAAGACACUAUAAGAUAAUACAAAGCAUAAUGGACAUUUUAGACAAACAUGCUCAAAGGGAGAUGACUGGGCAGCAUAUAUCCCAAAAUAUCCGUGGGAACAUAGAAGGGAAAUAAGGUAUUCAAAAUAUCAGUAGCCUCAAUGUUUAUGCAAUUGUAGUAAGCAAUUGUAAUAAAAAUGAGCAUUAAAAAAGAGUAAUUCAGAUAAAUGUAGUAAACAAAGGGUUUUUCUUUGUUGUUUCUAUAAUGGAUGCAGACAUACCUCCCAAUGUUUCCAAUUGAACGAUUAAGACAUAUCUUUCAAUGCCUACCUUAUUCACUUCUGCAGCUACAUAAGCUUCUUGGCCAAGCCCAAAGCACCUUUCCCUCAAUACCAAUUGGUAAUUUCCUGGCUCUGCAGAUAGCAUCGCUGUAACCCAUGCCAAAACUGUUAUUAGCAGAACAGUAGUACAAACAGGGCAGACAUAUGUCAUUAAAAUUAUGGCAUAAUACUAUAGGGGUCAAUUCAAUUCAACGUGGAUUGAAUAGCGCCGGGAGGGAGCUACCGGAGCUAUUCAAUUUAUCUCGCUGUCCCCGACAAGAGAAUUUCUAAAACUGUCUUUGUGAGACCUGUUGUGAUAAUAUUUAAAAUAAUCUAAACCUGAAAAUGAAACAUCUGAUAAUGAUACUUGUGAUAAGUGGAAAUGAAAUGUUUCAGUGUGAAUGAUAUUACAAAUUAAGAAAAUCAGGUUACUAUUAUUUAGUCAUCUAACACAUGGCAAAAUAGUAUUACAUGCACUUCAAUAGUAAACAGUUUUCAACAAUUAAGUUUCCACUAAUUUAAGACGAAUUGCCUUGUUCAUGAUAUCCUGUACAUUCCGUAUGUGAUAUUUACUUCCAACAUAUUUAUACCGACACACAUAAGGCUUUAGAACUCUGAGGAUAGCACAAAUGGAAAGUCAAAACAUAACAGGUAGUAAAAUGUAGUUUUGUGCCCUCAGCCUGUGAGGGUAUAAAACCAUAGAGAUUUCUUUACUCAAGUACAUUCACUGUCACAGAUUGUAUAAAGAUACAGCAAUAUGGUGCAGCCAAGCCAUGUACACGUGAGCUGGUCAAAGGUAUUUUGUAUUACAACAGAACAGAUUUGGUACAAAGCUCACUGCCGAUUUAUUUAUUGUUACAGAAUAAGUAUUUUACACUCUGCUUUUGUGAAGAUUCUGGGUUAUUUUUUUGUUCAUUUUUUUCCCCACAAGAUGGAUUUGAAUUAAUUUGACAUAUAAGCAACAUUUACUAUUGUUGCUAUAAUUAGAUCUAUGUUAUGUCACAGUAAUCUACUGAAAGACAAUAUCAUAUAAUAUUCAAAAUUAUAAUCAAAUGAUGUAAUGCAAAAAUGUAUAC